GACAACUACUAGAUAAGAAACAUUAAAAUUCACUCGCAGUUAAAUUGUAAUAGAGCAAGGUUUAUUUGAUAAGAAAGGAAAUCAUACAAGACUAAAAUGAGCUAACAGGAAAUGCAAGAUGAAUAGUCGUGACCGAUCCAGACUAUAUGAACAUACAGAAGGACAUUCCUCCGUGCAAAGAUGGACUGGUGGACAACAGGAUGACCAAAGGCCUAUCUGGACUGGUCAGUUUGAUGAUCAGAGACAUGCAAGGGAUUAUUAUGAAAAUGAGCCUGGAGCAUUUGUUAAUGGUGCUCUUCAGAUAGAACACCUGAAUGGAAAUGGACAUGAGCCCAAUUAUCAUCGUGAAGACAAAUAUGUGAACUCAGACUGGCACCAAGAGCAGAACGUUCCCCAAUAUAACAGGGGACAGAAGGAUAAUGGCAAUCAAGACUGGUAUGAAAUGGAUGAUCUCGAAAAGAGACAGAGGGGAGAUGUUGGUCAGAGGAGGAGGCCUUAUUCUGAUGGCCAUAAUGGGCCAAUGUAUAGGAACUCUGUAGAAGCCAAAUCUGCAGAGGAAGACCACUACUACAACACCCAUGUUCAAGGCUUGGACAAUCAUGACAUGCAAAUGCAGAGACAAAUAGACAUCCAUGCAAGAGAAUAUGAUGGUGUAAGUGGAAACAGGCAAAGGGGCCAAAACAACAAUGAACAAAGAGCUUCAUAUGAUGACUAUUAUAAUACAGAAGAGGAUACAUCUAAUGUUAGGUAUAGGAAAGGUGAAAGAAGACAAAAUCUUGGAGAAAAUGAGUAUGACACUAGACACACACACUAUCUGCCCAGGAGUGAUGGAUAUGAAAGAUCCAGAACUGAGCAUACAGAGGGGAUGUAUGAAGCUUCUGAUGAUGUACAACCUCAUAGAACACCUAGAAGUCGAGGCCACGGAUUUGAUAACCAAGGAUUUGAACAGGAUGAAGACUUUGAAGAAGAGAAAGAGAAGAGGGCUAUCAUGAGGAGAGUCAACAGAUCCAUGAGGUACAAGUCCUCAAAAAGGAGGAGAACAAGACGGUUUCAGGACAAUGACGACCACAAUAACAGGCUUUCAUUUGCUGAUGGCUUCAAAACCCUAAUACGGAAAAAGAAUUCAAUUCAUCAUGACUCUCGUUCUCCAUUUGAUGGGGCUAGGAGUUCCAUAAUGGGAAGUGGCAUAUACAGCAAUUCUGUUGAUAGUGACUCAAAGCUUCCUAGCAACAGAAAUGUUAAGAAAACAAAAAGCCUGAAGUACAGACUGCAGCAUUUAAAGCGAGAAAAAGGUGAAUUGAAAACAGAAGAUAGAGCAGAUGCACUGCGUACCAUAAACAGGGACCAAAUUGUUUCUCAUGAGUCAUCUUCACUGGAAGGCUGGGAAAUGAGAAAAUACCAAAUUGCCAUGAGUUUUUUACACUUUAAAAACUGGGUGAAGAGUUGGUUGUAUCAGUUGGAGCUGUGGGCCGGAGCCUUCAAGAUCAUCGAGGGUCACUUUGGGCAGGCAACAGUGUCGUAUUUCCGAUUCUUGCGCUGGCUGUUGUUUCUCAACCUGUUCCUAACCAUCUUCAUGAUCACUGUGGUUCUCAUGCCCUUUCUCCUGCUCCCCACCGCCUCGGGAGACAACUUAUUCAAGGCCUCUGUCAAUGAGUGCACUUCGCUCUACCACUACGAGGCUGUGUAUUUCAGUGGGAACUACACAGACUUUGUGGAAGAAUCCAUUGAUUCAGGCUUUACCUCUCAGUCUGUACUUGACAUCCUCCAAGGAACUGGUUGGCUGGAGAACACAGUGCUGUUCUAUGGAGGGUAUUUCAACCGGACAAGCAGACUUCCCAUCGGUGAUUCCUUCACCUAUGACAUGUCCUUGGCCUACCUUUGUGCUGUAGGGGUUGGCUACAUCCUCAGCUUUAUCCUACUUGUUAAGAAUUCAGCAAAAGGCAUGAAACAGAGCGUGUUGACGUCGGUCAGUGGCAGUGGUGUGAACAUGUACUGUGACAAAGUGUUUGGGGCCUGGGACUUCUGUAUCUCACAGCAGAAAACUGCACAACUCAAACACAAGAGCAUCAGACAAGAAAUCAUGAAUGAACUGGAGUACCAGAGGCUACAGUGGAAGAAGGACAGCCGGACCACUAGAGAGAAACUGAAGCUCUACACCAUACGAUUCCUUGUCAAUGUCCUUGUUAUUGCCAUUCUGUCAGGGGCUCUUUAUCUGAUAUACUUCACCAACCAGAAACUUGUAGAGCUGCAGCACAAAGGUGACCUUGACAGUAGUGUUCUUCUUAUUGUCCAGUAUCUGCCGUCCAUUACAAUCACUCUGCUCAGCGUGAUUGUCCCCAUCAUCUUCAACAAACUGGUUAUUGCUGAGGACUAUAUGCCGGCCUUUGCAAUCAGGAUCACACUCAUACGAACGGUGCUGCUACGUCUCUCCUCUUUGGCCAUGUUAGUGUUCUCCUUGUAUGGUAACCUGAGUGGCAAAAAACCUGAUGCAGACAUCUCUGACCAGUAUAAUGCAACCUGUCUCCACCAAACUGAUGACAUCCUGAACCCUGUCAAUGUCUCGCCAGUGUUAAACACUGAGUUUGCAUGUUGGGAGACAUAUGUAGGACAGCAGAUCUACAAACUGGUCUUCCUCAACUUCAUUGUGGUUAUUGCAGUCACCUUUGCCUGGGAGUUCCCUAGAAAGUUGCUGGUGACACGGUUCAGCACAGUGAAGCUAUUUACUCUACUGGGUCAGCAACAAUUUGACCUCUCUAAGUGUGUCCUUGACCUUGUCUACCUACAGACACUCUGCUGGAUUGGGAUGUUUUUCAGCCCUAUUAUUCCAGCCAUGUGUCUUGCCACCUGCUUUGUAUUCUUUUAUGUCAAAAAGGGUUCAUUGCUGCAGAACUGCCUGCCGGUACAACAGUAUGGCACAUCCAAGUCCAACUCCCUGUUCAUGAUGGUGCUCCUACUCUCCUUUAUCCUGGCACUCGCUCCUAUCUCCUACAUGGUUGGCAAAAUAUCUCCUUCAAAGGGUUGUGGACCUUUCCGUGUUUUUGCCUACGAGAACUACAUCAUGUUUGAUGUGGUGACCAACAUGGUGGACCGCUGGCCAACAGAGGCUCGGGAAGUGUUCUUUUUCAUGAGUACACCAGGGUUUAUGGCCAUUGCGGGCAUUCUGCUAUGCAUGCUCAUGUACUACUACUGGAUUGUUGGCCAGGCGCACGAAAACAUGUCUAAAACACUGAAGGAACAGCUCAAAAUUGAAGGGCAGGACAAACAGUUCCUUGUUGCUCGACUGCAUGAGACCUUCGAGUACAGUGCAGUGCAGUGAACAUCACAUGGCUCAAUGAGCUUUUUAUGGUGUAGCGGACUUUUUCUUUACUUUCUGCAAACACAUGACUGGUUCUCUUAAAAGCAAUUAAAUGGAACAGAUCAUAAAUAUUUAUAAAAAAAAAAUUAAAUUCAGGUUGUUGUUAAGUGUUAUUAUGUCUCCCCCUCUCUGGGGGAGGCAUAUUGUUUUUGCCCUGUCCGUCAGUCAGUGUAGUCCGGUAGUCCGUCAGUCCGUCA